UCGUUCGCAGGAAAAAAUGAGUAACGAAAUUGCAUUUGCAGCCCUCGCGCGGUUCAUCACGGUGUCCGACCGUAUGAGCCAUUUCAGAGCGACGAUUGAAACUCUUGGGUCGUCAUCUCCGUCCGUCCACACCUGCAAAGUCCGUAAGGAACAAGUCCGCUCACUCUGGGACAAAGCCGAGAAAAAAUUUGAAGCGUGUCUAGACACGAUUUCCAGCGUUACGACUGAAGGGGCGGAAGAGAUUCUGGCGACUUUGCACCGAAAAUAUGAAUAUUGCUAUUCGGUGUACGAGGAGCUAGCGGUUCAGCUCAGUGAGCUUAUCGACCGAGCCAAUUCUCAGCAUCCGCCCACGAGCACCAACAAUCAGUCCACUUACAUUCCAUCUGCGUGCCGGUUACCGCCGUGCGAUACUGAAGUAUUCGAAGGGCACUAUCUGAAAUGGCCAACAUUUAUGGAUCUUUUUACAGCAGUUUAUGUCAACAAUUUUAGGUUGACAUCGGUCGAAAAACUUUUUCAUCUCAACGCUAAAACUAGCGGCGAGGCUAAGGCAAUCGUAGCCAAGUCCCCUCUCACAAAUGAGGAUUUUGAUUCAGCAUGGGCAGCGCUUCGAGACCGUUUCGAAAAUAAGAGACUGCUAGUAAACAGCCAACUCAAACUCCUUUUUAAUUUGAGUUCCGUAAGUUCCGAAUCUGGCCAGGCUUUGAAAGACCUGCAGAGCACAAUCCAAGGGUGUCUAAUAGCGCUGGCUCAUUCCAACAUUUCCACAGAGAAUUGGAACUGUCUCCUGGAAUUUCUGUGCGCCAGCAGAUUACCAAAAUUGACCCUCUUGUUAUUAGAGCAGUCCCUUUCAUCCAAAUCCGACAUUCCGACCUGGGAUGAAAUGAACACGUUUCUUAGCGACAGGUACCGAACGCUAAAGGCGAUUGAGGAUAUGAAACCAAGCACCAGCACGCUAAGAGUCAACCCGUUUCCAGGAAGCUCAACUCCUUCGAAGCUAAGGUGGUCACAAAAACAAAGAAUUGCGAUCUGUGCUCAAAAGAGAGUCAUCCAGUGCGCAUAUGCCAGCGUUUUCUCCAGAUGUCUGUGGAUGCACGAACGAACUACAUAAAAAAAAGCAGCUUUGCCUAAAUU